CAGCGUUACAGUGCUUUCGUUGUCCGACGUGAUUGGAGGCUGUUUAAAUAGGUUCAAUGUUUAGUUGAAAAUUUUGCGUAGUAUCUUACUUACUUUACACCUAGCAAACGAGACGGGCAGUAGAGGGAUUUUCAUACAGGCAUCGCGGGCUUUCCCGACAAAACCCCCCCGGACGUUAUCCCCGCCGUUCUGCAGUAGGGGUUUUUGUUCCAAGACUGUGUGGGAAGUGCUUCUUUGUGCGCAGCGAACAAAAACUAUACUGCAAUUGAAAAGUUUUGUGACUUAAAUACACAGUGGGACGAUUUCUCUCCACAAGAGAGCCCCAUUCAUCAUGGCUCCUACAAACUGGUUGUGGUUGGGAAAUGUAUUUUUCCUAUCGCUCCCGUUGGCGAUAUUGGGAAUCGAUCUAAGCAGGCUUUACGGCCAUCUGCCAGCUGUUUCGAAGCGCAAUGAGGCUUGCCACCCGUACGAACCGUUCAAAUGCCCUGGUGAUGGAAACUGUAUUUCCAUACAGUACCUUUGCGACGGUGCGCCCGAUUGCUCCGACGGAUACGAUGAAGAUAUGCGUCUUUGUACAGCGGCAAAACGGCCACCAGUAGAAGAAACAGCGUCAUUCCUGCAAAGCCUACUGGCAUCGCACGGUCCUAACUAUCUGGAAAAACUGUUCGGCAGUAAAGCGCGUGACGCACUAGCACCACUCGGUGGUGUGGAAAAGGUGGCCAUCGCCCUCAGUGAAUCGCAAACCAUCGAAGAUUUUGGGGCCGCUCUGCAUCUGAUGAGGUCUGACCUCGAGCAUUUACGAUCGGUUUUCAUGGCAGUCGAGAACGGCGAUUUGGGCAUGUUGAAAUCGAUCGGUAUCAAAGACUCGGAGCUGGGCGACGUCAAGUUUUUCCUAGAGAAACUCGUCAACACAGGCUUCCUAGACUGAGUAUCGUCUGAGCUGCCGUAUAGCAGUAGCUUCUAUUAUUUUGUACCACUAACACCGCAGAUCUAUUCUUACCUUGGAUCACCAGAAGGUUUCACCUACUAAGCUAGCACGCAUCGCAAUUUAUGUAGCUGUAAUACCGGUCACAGAAAUGCCGUAUAUGCCAUAUAUGUUAAUGCAAAUAAUGCAAAAUUGGAGCUAUUUAAAAUCAUCUGGACAAUCGAUCUUCUGGCCUCCUCCGUUGAAAUCAACCGUUCCAUGCAAUGUUUAGGCAAAGAUUAGAAAAAAGAGUAGAGCCUACCAUAACGAUUCAACGUUGGAAUAUGAGUAUACUAACAAAUGUCGAUUGGUUUGGGUUGCUCCUUUACUUAACAGCAAAAAGGUGAAACAGCAACUAUUCUUAUUCGCCGAGUGGCAGUACUUGAACCAAUUGACACAAUCCUGACACAAAUCAUGUCCCAACGUAUCCGUCGUUAGCCGAAGCCUCUACUAUAGUGGGAUGCAUUUUUGGCUUCAAUGAAGCAUAUCGUUGCAUUUAGAAGGGAAACUACCAUACAAACAACUACAUCAGUGAUAUAGGAUCAUGCAUAGUAGCAACUUCUUUAAGAGGAACUGAAAGGCAAGCAAUGCGUAUGGCGAACAUCAACCAUCAAAGACGGUUGUUCUGUCAGAAGCAAGCAAGCGCACAACAAAUGAACUAGCAUUGGGUGACCAACGGAAUCAAUUCACGUCCAUUAGCUUAUUUAAGAUAUAUCUUUUCCCAGGUGUUUUAUUAAUUGUAAUAUUUCCGUUUCUUGUCGUGCAUUUCGAGAUGCUCGAAUGUGUCGAACGUGUCAUAAAGUGACGAAAACAGGGGAAAAGGGAGGAAGAAUCCUACAAAACGAAGUGCAAUCGAUCAAAUCAAGUGAGGAUACAGAGUACAGAGUCAUAAAAUACAUAUCAUUAUAUUUAUAGAGGCCCGUGCAUGCUUAUACAUUAUACAUUAUACACGUAUACACAAGUCGAAAUGAUCAUCACACCAAUGUGUGUGAGUGUGUGCCAGUGUGUGCUAAUUACCUUACCAAUGCCAGAAUCUUACGGAAAAUGCACACAACAAAUCAAACAUAUCAACCAACGAUGAUAACACCGCCGGUGGAGAGAUGUACCUUAUGUAUCAUGUAAUAACGCUGAAGCUGAGAUAAUGCCGCGCAACAAGCGAUGGGAAGAGAAUGGAUGCUAGCGUGCGUGGUUAUCACCAUGCUGAACAUUGUGACACCUGAGCUGAGUGGGAAAAGCAGGGAACCUGGACUACAAAUUCGCAAACGCGAGAGUAAAGCGGAAGACAAUUCACGGACGCAAGUAAUGUGGAAAGCAAACCCCAAAGACAUAUCAAUUUUUUUACGAGAGAAAAAAAAACCUUACCAUCAAAAUAACGAUCACUACCGAGCUGUUUAUAGAGAACUGAUUUUUGAAAUGGUAAUACCAAAUAAAUUGUACACUUCCUCACCAGCAAACACCUAACACAUCACAUGCAUCUCAUUCACAUAUUUACUACAGUAGCUCACCGAAGAUCACAUCAAAGUUAUAUAUAUAUAUAGUCUCACGUAAAUUGCUCAUACCCACAAGUCGCCACAUAACCAACACAGCUACGUCCACCCAUUAGACCCAUUGGAUUCCAUCAUAAAUGAACACUGAUAAAAAAAACUGAUAAAAUGUAUGUAAAAUGUAACAAUCAUUGAUUAUAUUAUCCAGGUGAACAAGGCAUGUACGUCAUGCUGUGGAUUGAUCAAUUUGCAGGAUAAAAAUGCAUGUACAACAAAUAAUCAGCAGGAAGGCCACAUGCAAUUGUGAACCGUGCUAGGGCUCAGCAUAAGAAAAGAACGAAAAUAUAUCUAUACCGGUA